AUGGCUUCCCUGCUCCCACUCCUCGUGUUUCUCACGCUCACCACAGCAGCCGACGUCGACGCAGACCGUAUCGGCACACUCCAAGCCACUUUGCCCCUCCGCUACGUUGAUGGCCGUACCCUUGUCACUCCCGGACUUGGUACGCUGCCCCAAUCACUCCCCCUCGUUCUCUCGCCAGACGUCGGAUACCUCACGGCGGUGGGGCACUGCACGACGUGCCGGCACAGUGGGGCCGAGUACGACGUCGCAUCGUCCACCACUGCUCAUGUCGAGGCCGGAAGCUCGUUCAACCUCACACUCGCGGGACGCACCGGUAAUGCCUCCGAAACACUUACUCUAGGUGGCAUGAUUGUUCAGGAUGUGCUCUACGCCCAGGGCCAGCGCCUCCAACUCCCAGCUGGCGUCUGCAACAUCCGAAAGAUCAUGAGUAUUACCAAUACCACCGGCGGCGCAUCAUCCCUCCCAGACGGCGUGAGCGGACACUGGGGCCUGGGUUUCAACGAGUCGCAAACCGACUCGCUAUUCCCUGCGGCAUGUCCCCCCAACGGAUCAAUCACCGUCGGCUUUGACCUCAAGAACACGUCGGCACCGGCUGGCGACAUGCACUGGGGCGGCGUACCUCCCGAAGCAUACGAGGGGCGCUUCAACUGGCUGCCAACGUCGGCGUCAACCUGGGCCAUCCCCAUUGACGGUUUCCAAGUCGGGUCCACCAAGAUUAAUGCCAACAAGUCGUCUACAGCUGUUCUCGACCCCGGCCUGGACGGCAUCUUCGUUCCCUUGGCCUUUGCCGAAGCGCUGUACGCGCCGCUCGGCGGCGUGAGGGACAGGGUGUACACUGAGCGUUGGAACUUGCCAUGCAACACGACCGCCGACGUGCACGUCCGCCUCGGAGGCGUAUCGUACGCUUUGGCAAUCAACCAGCUCGUAGUCCCGCGCGACCGGUUGGGAAGGACGUGUUGGGGCAGCGUAGUGUCGUGGUCCAACGCUUCGAUCCCCGAGACGAAUGGCGACAUCCGCUUGGGAAAAGCAUUCAUCUCGGGAAUAUACAUGGCCUUAUCGUACUGCUGCGAUAAGAAGGAACGUCAUGUCGGUCUCGCGGGAAAGCCACACUCGGCCAACCCAACAAACGUCCACGUCUCCACGCCCAGCAUCAACAUUGUGGGUGUUGUCCUCGGUACGGUUCUACCGUUCCUCGCUAUUCUUUUCGGCCUGUGUGCUUGUCGCAAGAGGUUACCUUUCCGCCGUCCCCACCGUCACCAUCACCACGAGGGGUGCAACCACGACAACCCAGGCCAAUGUCCCGGAUGUGCACACGAGGCCCAGGCCCACGGCCACGCGAGCUCGGCGAGUUCAGCCUCCUCGGCAUCCAGCCCUCGGUUCCAGGAAGUCCCUAUGCCCGUCCCCCCGCCCGUCCCACCGCCUGUCCGGCCAGCCCCGAUCUAUCCCACCCCCGCAACCCUCCCCCCUCUCCCGAUGGUGCACGUGCCCGCCCCAUGUCCACCCAGGCCAUACCUGCCGCCUGCACCGUGUCCUCCCCCACAAAUGGUGUGCAACCCCGCCCCAGUCAUCUGCCAGACCAUCCCCAUCACCUAUGUCGCCACGCAAUACCCGGUCACCGUUGCCCCAGUGGCCCCCGUCACCCCAGUCAUGCCCGUGGCUGCAAUCACGUCGAUCCCGACCCACUCGGCCCAGCCGUGGAUGUAUGCGCCCAUGCCCGUGUGUACCGAGAUUGAUCCGUGCGACACACUGGGAGAGGCGUGGCUUCGGAGUCGCCGUUCGUCACACUCUAAGAGCAAGAAGAAGAGCAGGAAGAGUAAAAAAAAGAAGCGCCACUCGGGCAAGCAUUAG